CCACCACCGCCACUCUCUCGUCUCGUGUCUCUCUUUCUCCAGUCUCUACUGUUCCUUAUCUCUCAGAAGAGUGGGGGGAGAGAGAGAGAGAGAGAGAGAGAUAUAGAGAGAGAAACUGAUAGAGAAGAAAAUGUCAUUUGAGAGAGGAUUGAAGAGUAAAGCGAUAACAAUGGACGGCUAUGACUCAUAGGUAGGGCUUUUGUAAAUAAAACAGCAAAAGUGAAAAAGGAAAACACAUACAUUCUCCCCAGAAAAGUGCUCUUAAUCAAGAAGGCGAAGAAAGAUAAGGAAAAAAUAAAUGUUGAUUUUCGGAGCAAACGAAAUCGAAGAUCUAUCCUGCAAUCGGAGAUCUCGGCAGCAUGAAGAGAUUUGGACUCUGAGCUGCUGAAAGCCGGUCUUGUGCGGAAGAUUUGGGGAGGGGCUGUUGUGUCUACAAUAUCAGAAAAUGAAAUCUGACACACUGCUUGAUUAUGCCGUGUUCCAGCUGUCUCCCAAGCUCUCACGAUGUGAGUUGUUUAUAUCCAGUGGUGGGGCGACAGAGAAGCUUACAUCAGGUCUGGUAAAGCCAUUUAUUACACACUUAACAGUUGCAGAAGAACAGGUUGCUCGAGCAGUUCAGUCCAUCAAACUUGAAGUUGAGAAACAUAAAAAUGCUGGAACAUGGUUCACAAAAGGGACUCUUGAGAGGUUUGUCCGAUUUGUUAGUACACCAGAGGCUUUGGAGAUUGUCAAUACAUUUGAUGCUGAAAUGUCUCAGUUGGAAGCAGCACGGAGGAUUUAUUCACAACGAAGGGAAGAUAAGCUGCCCGGUUCAUUUGGUGGAGAUACUGGAGCCCCAGAUGCAGCUGACAUAACCAAGAAGGAGCUUCUGAGGGCAAUUGAUGUGCGACUUGAUGCUGUUAAGGAUGACCUGACCAUGGCUCUUGCCCGAGCGUCUGCUGCUGGUUUCACCCUUGAGACUGUCUCUGAACUCCGGCUUUUUGCUGAUCAAUUUGGUGCUCAUCGCUUAAAUGAAGCUUGCGGCAAGUUCAUCUCCCUAUGUCAGAGAAGGCCGGAAUUAAUCUGUGCUUUGAAGACUACAGGCAAUGAUCAAGCUGUCCGAACCUCUUCUGGUUCAGAUAUGUCCAUUGAUGACCUUGUCGAAGAAAGUGUUCCUGCCAGGCCUUGUUGGCCCCACCAAUCUCAGAGCCAGUUUCACAAUCAGCAACAUCAGCAGCAGCAGCAACAGACCUGCCAAGACCUUGAUGCUACACAACCCCCUGAACACUCCAAAUCCUCCAUUUGUCAACAACCAAAAUCUUCCUUCACCUUCCCAAUACGGCGUUCCAGUGAUGGGGAUGAGAGCGGUGAAGGGACCAUUGAGAAGGAGAAGGACAAGGAAGAGAGUGUGACCGAGUUGUCUCAGGCUAGUCGGCCGUCGAGGCGGCUGAGUGUUCAGGACCGGAUCAAUUUGUUUGAGAGCAAGCAGAAGGAGCAGUCUGGGAGUGGUGGUAAGGUCCCAUCAGGGAAGUCUGUUGAGCCGAGGCUGUCUUCGGAUGUGUCAUCCACUCCUCCUGUUGUGGAGAAGGCCGUUUUGAGAAGAUGGAGUGGGGCCAGUGACAUGAGUGUGGACUUGAGUAAUGAUAGGAAGGAAACAGAGGGCAGUUCAAUCACACCUUGUUCUUCCACAAAUUCUCAGACCCAGUCCAGCAAGUCUAGCAAAUUUGCCGGUACGCAUGAGGAUCGCAAGGAUGAUGUGGGAUCACACGACACAGCCACAACUUCAAAGGUUGAGUUCAGGGGCUCGUCAGGCCUAUUGGAUGAUUCUGGAUUGAAAGAUCUGCCUAUUACCCAAUCCCGGGUUACGGAUUCUGAAGCCCAAGUGACAGCUUUGUUUGGCAGCUCAGAGGAUGGUCAUUCAAAAGAUCGACUGGCAUCUCAAACUCAGGUGAAUGUAUUGACAGGAAAAUUAGAAAAGGUGGGGUGGAAAGAUCAAGAACCUUUUGAGAGCCAGUCACACUCUUAUUCAGGCUGGGGUGAAGUUGAUUUGAAGAAUCGAACAGUUUCUCAGGCCCAAUUUAGAUCUUAUCCUGGUGGAGCUGAGCAAUCUGGAUUACAAGAUCAGACUUCACCUCAAAACAUGUCCAGAACUCCUUUUGUUGGAACUGAGCUUCCAGAAGUUAAAGACCAAGUUGCAUCUCAGUCGCAGUUCUUGGUUCUUUCUGGUCAGGAUGCAGGUCAGAUGUCAUAUGGAGCUUCUGUGAGCAGAACAGACAGUGUUGAACUGAGAGAUCAUUCUGCUUCCCAGGCUUUAUUCAAGGAUUCUCCCAGUGCAACAGUGAACACUGGAUCAGAUUUAAGACAACGACCAGUUUCUCAUAGUCUGGGUAAAGCUUUCUCAGGUAAGUUGGGAGGAAGUGCUGAAUUGAAAGACCAAGCAGCCUUCCAGGUUCAGUACAGGGGCUUCGAAGGUGAUCGGUUGGGUCGUCCAUCUCAGUGGAGCUCUUUCCCAGGAAAAAUGGAGGAUGUUGGGAGGAAAGAAUUGGAAUCUUUGGGAAUGGAACAUGGAGAUUUGACCCCCAAAGUGGAAAAUAAUCUUCACAGAGCAAAGUUGCAGCGACAGAGGUCUCAACCUGAACAGAGCAAGAAGUCACAAGGUAGGAGGGGUGAAAGCACUCCUGUCAAUGGAAACAGUGAAAUGUUUUUCCCUCGGAGAAAGAUUAUUGAAAGUGCAGAGGGGGUUGGUUCAGCCACAAUAACCCCAGUUGAGCAAAUUCAGAAGAUAAGGCAGUCAAAAGGAAGUCAGGAACUCAAUGAUGAGUUGCAGUUGAAAGCUGAUGAGCUUGAGAAGCUUUUUGCAGCGCAUAAGCGUCGGGUUAGUGGAGAUCAGCCUUCUUCUGUUCGGAGAACUAAGGGACUAGAUGCACAGGUGGAGCAGGUUGCUAGUGCAAUGUACAGGACAUCAGAUGAAGUUACUCCUGCUCGAUUGCAUGAAAAAAAUCUAGUGAGGGAACCUUUUAGUAGUUCCAGUGACAUGGUGGAGUUUGAUUUCAGUUCUUUAAUAAAGAAAGUAAAUAGUCAGGACCAUGGUAGUACUCUUGGGCAGCAUAUUACUGAGUUUGGUUCGUCCGAGGAUUCUAGAGGAAAGUUUUAUGAUAGGUACAUGCACAAACGAGAAGAAAAACUGAGGGAAGAAUGGAGUUCAAAAAGGGCUCAAAAGGAAGCAAAGAUGAAAUCCAUGCAGGAUAGUCUUGAACAGAGUAGAGCUGAGAUGAAAGCCAAGCUCUCAGGGACUCCAAGCCAGCAGGACACAGCUCUUCAUGCUCGUCGACGUGCAGAGAAACUCAGAUCUUUUAACAUUCGUUUAGCCAGUAAGAACAGGGAGCAGCAGCCAAUAGAGUCUGUCCCGAGCGAAAAUGAUGAAGAUCCAUCAGAAUUUCCUGGAGAGACACAGUAUGGACAAGAUAUAUCCUUCAAUGAGAUAAAUUCAGCAGAUGGCUCUUCCAAAAGUACUCAAUCCAUGAAGCUUUUGCACAGUAGAAGCUCAUCUUCAUCUACCCCUCGAAUCUUAGCAGUGCCAGCGACACGAUCAUCUGCAAAGGGUUCCAAUCCCAGUUCUGGCAGGCGACGGACUCAACCAGAAUACCACCUUGCACAGUCUGUUCCCAAUUUGUGUUACUUAAGAAAGGAGAACACAAAACCUUCAACAGGAAUCAGCAAGACAGCUUCUCGUUCACAGUUUAGAAAUUUUAAUCGCAGCAAGAGCAUCAGUGAAGAGCUACCACUUGUUAAGGAGGAUAAGCCACAGCGAUCUCAGUCCAUGAGAAAGAGCUCUGCUAGUCCUGGUGAGUUUAAGGACUCAUCACCUCAGAACUCUGAUGGUGUUGUUUUGGCACCGGUAAGAUAUUGUAAUGAACAAACUGACGAGAGCCUCUAUGGCCAAUCUCCCAAGAAUGCUGUGUCAAAGCCCGUAUUCAGGAAGGGUAAUGGAAUAGGUCCUGGGGCUGGUGCUGGUUUGGCUGAUAUGACAACUUUAAUGGAAUCUGAGGACCUGAAAAACAAAGAAGAGUCUGAUGAAGCGGCUGAUCAGCUAGAAGAUUCAGUAGACAUGGUCAAGGGGGAAGAGGAGGAAGAGGAAGAGUUUGGAAGAGUGACUGAUGAAGAAGGUUUUAAGGCUGCAUAUUUUCAUGCUGAUUCAGAUAAUGAGAAAUCACAAGUGAGCCACGACUCAGAAAAAUCAGGUGAUCCUGGGUCAGAAAAUGGCGAUUCCCUGAGUUCACUUUCUCAAGUGGACCACAACCUGGUAGUUGCGGCUGUUUCAGGGCCUGUUACAUUCCAUGCUUCUGCAGUGAAUGUGCAGGACUCACCAGGAGAAAGCCCUGCUUCUUGGAACUCUCGGGUGCAUCAUACAUUUUCUUGUGUUAACGAGACAUCAGAUAUUGAUGCCUGUGUGGACUCUCCAGUGGGGAGCCCUGCAUCAUGGAACUUACACUCCCUCAGUCAGGUGGAAUCUGAUGCAGCUCGAAUGAGGAAGAAGUGGGGCAGUGCUCAGAAGCCAGUUCUUCUUACUGCUAAUACUUCACAUAAUCUUUCACGAAAGGACAUGACAAAAGGGUUUAAGAGGUUAUUGAAGUUUGGGAGGAAAAGUCGUGGGUCUGAGAGCCUGGUAGACUGGAUAUCUGCAACUACUUCAGAAGGAGAUGAUGACACUGAAGAUGGCCGGGAUCCAGUCAAUAGGUUCUCAGAUGAUGUGAGGAAAUCAAGAAUGGGUUCCUCACAGGGUCACCCUUCUUAUGAUGGUUUCAACGACGGCGAGUUGUUUAAUGAACAAGUUCAAGCCUUGCGAAGCUCUAUCCCUGCUCCUCCAGCCAACUUCAAACUGAGAGAGGACCUUCUAUCAGGAAGCUCGCUAAAAGCGCCACGGUCAUUCUUCUCUCUUUCAUCGUUCCGGAGCAAGGGGACCGAGUCAAAGCCCAGGUGACAGCUGAGAACUGAAGUGUUUGGAUCUCAGGGUAUAAAGAUUCCUAUAUAUAUGUAGAGCUGGCAGUUGAUUUUGAAUAGAGGUAGAUUAUAUAUAAAAUCCAUGCUUCUAAAGGGGUAUAAUAUGCCACAAUGUAUUCUUCUCUUCCAUGGCCUUCCAAGGCUUUCGGUUUCUCAUUUUGAUUUUAGCUAGUGUCUACCCCUCCAUUAGUGGUGUUGAAAUUUGUAACAUUUGUCUCAAGUGAAAAGUUGCCAAUUGGUGUAAAAUUAUCCUUAAUAUUGUGAGUCCAGGUAUUAAUUUCCCCCCUUUACUGUAGUCAUUUUGUAUGCUUGUAUAUCAGAAUUUACAACUUGUAAGAAUUCAGAAUGUCUACAGUUAAACCAGAGGAGAGUGAUUGCAU